CGGACCAGAUGACGUCCCACGCCGCAUCCAAGGAAAGCCUUCGAUGGCCUGUCGAUGGGAAGAGGCCUCCAACGAGUGGAUCGACUCUCUGAAGUUUGUAGAAGACACCGGAUAUGGCCGAGAUCGAUCAGGCGUGUGGCCCACCUGGACAGUGAGAGCAGAGAGGCGGAGGAUCACGGACGAGAAGUUGCAGCGGAUCGUCCGCCAUGUGGUGCCCCAAGUCAGGGACCUUCCUCCAUGUCUUGUGGAACUCAAUUUGGCCAACAACGACAUUCGAGAUGCUGGAGUGAGUCAGAUGUGCGAUGCGCUGCGGCACGCCAAUGUCCAACUACAUAUUUUACGCUUACAGAGGAAUCGCAUCCAGUGUCAGGGAGCCGAAGCGCUGAGUCGUUUCGUCUCUCGGAGUCGGGUGCCCUUGGAAGAGCUCCAUCUGUCGCACAAUUUGAUCAGCUUUACCGAAGCCCUGCAGCUGAUCCGCUCCGCCUGCCGACGAGAAGACUAUGCCAUGAAGAGAAAACCCUUGUGGCUGCGUUUGGAGCGUCAGCAAGUAAGAUGGACCGACUUUGAACGAUCUGAAGAACUUCAGAUGGAACGCGUGAGAGAAAUCGUCACCAAUAUGACGGACGAGCUGCUUCACAAUGCUCCUCCUGAUCUGGAGGUGAACGGACCUUUGCUGUGCCUGGUGCGAAGAACAGGCAGGUGUUCUGCGAGGUAUUGCGAGCACCAGCACAAGAGUGGACCCUUUGUCCAUUUGCCUUACCUGUGGCAGCAAGGUUCCCGCUACAUCUCCGGCCCCGAUGUGAACACGCGACCCGAAGAUGUGCCACUGCCACCGGCACUGUGUGUGCCCGUUGUGGCGGCGUUGCGCCGCCCGCGACCGUGGCAGAAGUCUGCACCGCAAGUGAUUUUCGAAAAUGAAGAGAUGCAAGUGAUCAACAAGCCACCAUAUUGGAACUGCCGAUGGACCCGCUCUGUCGAAGAUCGGAAAGAAGACCGAGAGUGGAUCACCCACGACCGACGAAGCUGGGAACAGAUCAUCGGCUCGAAUCAGCCUGAGUACCUGGAUCUCUACAUCGCCAGACGUUUCCAGGACGAGAUGACACUCGCCUGGCGCGACCGGCCCGACGACGGUGCCGGAUUUUUACAUCGCCUCGACUGCCAAACUUCUGGGCUCAUGAUCCGUGGCAAGAACCCGGAGAGCUUCGAUGCCCUGAAAAAGCAGUUUUUUAUGCAAAAGGUGAAGAAGGGCUACCUUUGCCUGGCUCAUGGCCAGAUCGAAAGCGAUGGGCCCUUCCGAAUCGAUGCCAAACUCUCGUAUUCGCGAGAAAACGAAGAGACCACGGUGGUGGCUACCGGAGGUGAACAUGCAGAGACCUUUGUGAUGCCAUUGGCUCACGCCUAUUGGGGCCAUCAAACCUACACCUUUUGCGCCGUCCGAAUCGUGUCGGGCAGGACACAUCAAAUCCGAAAGCAUUUGGAGUACUUGGGCCAUCCAUUGGUAGCAGAUCGAAAGUACAAUCCGCUGGGUGCUCGGGACAAGGAGUGGUGCCCCAGACUGUUUCUUCAUGCCUACGAAGUCUGGAUCAAUGAAUUAGGCACAGAGCACAGAUUCGUGGCGCCACUUGCUUUGGACCUCCGAGUGGCUCUGCAAAAGUUGCAAGUCGCUGAAAAUCUUUGUGAACCUGGUCGCUUAAGAGAAGUGCCCACCACGGGACUUAUAGACCAGGUCCUGACGGACGAGUUGAUGGAUCUGAAGAGCUCAACCCAAACUUUCGAUUAUUUUUAGUGACGUGGCUGUCGUGGAAUCCGGCCCUGCCCGAUUCAUUGCGAUGGCCGAUGGCCGAUGGCUGACUCAUCUCCUCAAAAAUCCAG